ACUACUACUACUACUACUAGCACUUAAAAUUAAAUUUAUUUUGUUUAUUUAACAAAAACUAGGUCUAAGCUAAGCAAAGCAUAACAAAAAUUAAAAAUUAAAAAGAAAGAAAUCGUGUGACAUGAAGAAAGCCGGAGCCGAGAAGAAACGGGCCCGGCGAUCCUCCGCCGCCGUUAAAAACUCCGCCGGCCGCGAUCCGAACACCGAUACUCCACCCAGGAAGCAAGCAAACAAGAAAGACGUUUUUCAGUUAUUUGCGGAGAAAGUUAGAGAUCAUAAAGACUUGGUUUCUAGGUGGGCUGUAUUGCAGGAGACCCGUGUUGAGUACUUUAGGGGAAAAGAUUUUGUUACAUUUUUGAAAAAUCAUCCAGAGCUCAAAGACAUUUUAGAAUCAGAUAGGCAUCUAGAAGUAGAAGAUAUCGUCAAUGUGCUCCUGAGCAAGAAUCUUUUAGUUCGUUGUGACCGUGUGGUGAAAACAGUACGUCCUGGGAAGAGAAAGUUGUCAACGUGGCCAGCACAUUUAGAAAUAUAUCCUGAGCAGGAAUUCUCUGAUAAUGAUGCGUUUUUUGCAUGGACGUUUGUAAACAAGCGGCCACUAUGGCAAACACUCUUGUCAUUGUCUUGGCCUGUUUUGACUCUUGCAAUCUGCUUAUUCCCUGUGUAUCCUCACCAGGCAAAGCUGCUUAUACUCUACUCAUGUGCUGGGGUACUACUCCUUAUACUUUGUCUGCUUUUGGUGAGAUCCCUGAUAUUUGGUGCAUCCUGGAUCUUACUUGGGCGGCGCAUUUGGAUAUUCCCAAACAUUCUUGCCGAGGAAGCAACACUGAGAGAACUUUUCCGUUUCUGGCCCAAGAAAGAUGAGGAGGAGAAACCAAAGCUAACUGCAAGGUUCUUUUAUGCUAUUGUGGCUGUUCUAGCCAUAUUACUUUUGAGGCAUCAUGCUCCUGAUGAGGCUGCUAGGGCCAGGUAUCAAAAACGUGUAUCAAACAUCAUUGAUGAAGUUAUUGAGUGGGACCCACGAUUGGCGUUGUCUGGCAUGAUGGAUAGUAUGCAAUCGGAAGUCAAUGGUACUGAAACCAACAACAAUGUGACCGAUGGUGGCAGUGAAAAGGCAGCAUCGCCUGAUGGCUUUGCUGGGGAACAUGAUGAUGAGAGUGAUGAUGCUACUCAAAGUACAGAUGAGAAAGAUCUGUACAAUGAUAAUAUAUAGGAAAUGUAAACAACAGAUUACAAGGUUUUGAAAAAAGGCAUAUUAUGUAUUUUCUUUUAUAUUGUUGAGUGUUAGAAUCUGUGAUUGAACCUUGAGAAUAAUUCAAGUGGCUAGAAGAAAGUAUCUCCACUUCGCUUUGGAGUCCAAGGGUUUUGCAAAAUGUAAUUUUCAUGUCAAGUUGUCAA